AGUCGUCAUCUCACCGGCUCGCUCACCCCGACCUGACCAAAAAGGCAAACACCCACCCAGCUGCUUUUGUACUUUCAUAAUCAGGCAGCCGAUCGAUCUCGAAGCGCCGCGGAGAGACGGCGGAAGAAGACUAUUGAGAAAAUGGCAGAGGAUCCUGAGAAGAAGUUCCACUCCAUCAUGGACAAGCUCUUUAGUUCCCCCAACUCUUCUUCUCUUAGUUCGUCCGCGGGAGAAUCGUCAAGAGGGAAGAAGCGGCCAAAUCCCGAGUCUGCACUAGCCUUAGUGGAGCCAAGAGCGAUGGGGGAUAUUCUCGAUGUUCCUCAGCGCUCUGUAGUAGCUCAGAGCAAUGUUCCGUUGUGUAGACCGUGGGACAGAGGUGACUUGAUGAAGAGGCUGGCUACUUUUAAAUCCAUGACCUGGUUCGGCAAGCCAAAGGCUGUAAAUGCUGUAAGCUGUGCAAGGAGGGGGUGGAUCAAUGUGGACGCAGAUAUCAUCGCAUGUGAAGCAUGUGGUGCACGUCUCCUUUUCUCAACUCCAUCAUCUUGGCCACAGCAGCAAGGCAAGCAAUAUCCCUAUGCUGAUGAGUUUGAGAAAGCAGCUUUGGUAUUUAGCUUAAAGCUGGAUAGUGGACACAAGUUACUGUGUCCAUGGGCUGACAACACAUGUGAUGAAAGAUUGGCAGAGUUUCCUCCCACCCCAUUUCCAGUGCUAGUUGAUCAAUUUGAAGAGCGCUCCUCAAAACUUUUGCAACUCUUGGCACUUCCUGUAGUUUCAUCUUCAGCCAUCGAAUACAUGAGAAGUCCGCAGCUGGAAGAAUUUCUUAGUCAGUCUCCAAAUCUCAACCUCUGGAAUGAAUCUGCCAGCAUAUCCGAAAUAGAGUUCUUGGGAAAUGAGAAAGAAGCUGAGAGUGCAAAGCUGUAUUAUCAGGCACAACUGUUAAUUAGUCUGUGUGGCUGGGAACCACAUUUACUACCUUAUGUUGUUGAUUGCGUUGAAAAACCAAAGGGGUCUGAAAUUUUGAAGUCAUCCCUUACUGAUUCUACAAGACAUAGUUCAAGCAAUGUCCGUUCAGCCGCUACUGGACAAAAAGAGGUUAGUGAGGAAGGUAGGAGCAAUGUUGCAUCAUCUGUUGAUCCUAAUUCCAUCGUUUUGAAUUGCGGGCUUUGUGGAGCUAGUGUGGGAUUGUGGACGUAUUCUACCGUUCCAAGGCCUCUGGAGUUGUUUAGGGUGGCUGGAGUAGUAGAAGUAAAUAGCAAGAGUGGCGGGCAAGAACUAGAAAACACAGAUCCUGUUAACAAAGUUGGAGUUGUAACUUCUUCCUCAAACAGUUUUCUGUCUCCCCCCACGAGUAUGAAGUUCACUAUUGCUGGGGGUCCUCCUCCAACAAAACAGAACUUCAAAGCAACAGUAUCACUGCCUGUUAUUGGGAGGAAUUUGAGGGCCAGGCUGUCAUAUGACAAGGAUUUUGGAGACCAUUCAAAUGGAAGCCAGUUGGAUUCUGCAUCUCAGUCUCAAAAAUUAUUUUCUUCGAACAUGCCUAUGGAUCACACUGAAGAUAAGGCAGGUGAUAACCUAUCUCAAUCUGAAACACUGGAUUCGUCAAAGGGCAAAGAACAUGAUGAAAGGCAGGGUAGUGCUGCUAACACUGAGCACUCGUCUGUGUUCAACUCUGGAGGUUGUAAAACUCCUGAAAAUGAUAAUGCUCAGCCAUUGUUGGAAGCAAGCACAAGUGUUGCCCCAAAUAUACAGUCAAACCAAUCUGAAAGUUCUAGUAUUAAAAGCAGUUUGAUCUCUAUUAGAAAAAGCAACGGUGGCAUUGAAGGCUCACAUAAUCAAGGAAACGGAGAAGUUGUGGUGUCUGGUACUGGUAACCAAUAAUUGCUUUUGUUGUGUCUUCUCUUUUUUGUUCUUUGAGUAGCUGGUUAGUUAUCGUUGAUCCACUUUUGGCAUUAUGAUUCACAAGGGUUUUAUUUGCUUAAGAUUAUGAACUACUCUUGAUUUUACUGGUUGUUUAUAUUUUGUUUAGACAGUCAUACACACUUGCAUGUCUGAUUCUGAACGUAUACAAGUUUAAAAUAAUCACCCUUCCGAUUUGGUGCAGGAAAGGAAUUCAAGGAAGUUGCAUCGGAUAGAAGUGUGGAUUUUGAUCCCAUCAGACAGCACAGGCACUUUUGUCCGUGGAUUGUACCGACCAACAGUGGAGCAGCAGGUUGGCAGCAAACUCUGACUGCUUUGCAUCGCCAGAAUGAUCCAUCUAAUUCAUCACCCAAAACUCCUCCUUCAGCUUCUUCCAUUAUCAAGGUUGACGAUCCCAUAACUUCAGUUCGAAGGCUUUUCUGGUCUCCGUCAGCCAAAAGGCCAAAGCUCGCUCCUGGAUCAAGCUGAAGCAUCAUUUCAUUUGCAGUGAAUUGAUUUUGCCAGGUGAUGCCAGCUUGCCCACCCACCAGUUUACUAGACCUGGAAGCGCCAACCGGGACAACAUCAUCUUACAGACCAAUGACGAGUCGACCUGUUGGCUUCCCAUCAAUGGAUAUAUCAAGAAAUUCCCGCCAUGGGCCAGCAGAAGCAGCAGCGAGGUAUUGCUGAAAAGUGAAAACUGCGAGGUCUCUGCGUGAGAACUGAUUUUGGGGAUUCUCUCAGAAGCGGUAGUGAUGGAGAAGCAGGGGGAUAUGUGUAGUCGGCGCAGACGACCGUGUGGGGAGCAGGAUGAUUAUGAUGGUGGAGUCGAAUGUUGGAUUGGGAGAUUCUGGAGUCAUGUAACAUUUCUAUUUAUGAGUAUUUAUAGCUUCAGGUUCUGAGUCCUGGGAGUGUGUCUGUGAGCAAAGGGCAGUGCUAUGAUUCACAAGAGAUAAGGAAAGGGAAAGAAGCUAGUGGGCCAUUAGAUCGUAUUGUUGUUUGUUUGUAUUUCCUUUGCCGAGGUUGGUCCAAUUUCGCGGAUGAUUGUUUGUAUCAACUAAAGCAUUUACUUAUGUUAAUGAGGGGUGUACAUCGGUCAAUUCGGAUUAGUAUCGGAUUGUGCCUCGUGAUUGAAGUUCUUGC